AUCAUACAAAUACCAAGAUCCCAGCUGACACAGCUCUCUUCUCACUUUGAAGACACAACUAUCUGGAGUGUUUCUUUUGCUGAGUGCCACGUGUAUAGCACCAGAAGUGGGAAGAUCAGGGGGCUUUGGGCGCUUUUUGUUUUCUGGAAGAACAAAUCAAAGUGACAACAAUGCCUUUCUCUCUUAGAUAUGUUUUCCUUUUGCAGGCUUUUAGCCUCCUGAUUCGCUGUGAAAAAACAGAGAUUGAGGAAGAAAAAGUCAAACUGGAAGUCGUACACGUCCCAAGUGUCUGCACACAGAAGAGCAAGCGAGGAGAUCUGGUGAAUGCGCAUUAUGAUGGCUAUUUAGCCAAAGAUAUGUCCAAAUUCUUCUGCAGUCGCUCUGAAAAAGAUGGUCACCCCAAGUGGUUUGUUCUUGGAGUUGGACAAGUGAUUAAGGGCCUCGAUAUUGCAUUGAUGGACAUGUGCCCUGGAGAAAAAAGGAAAGUGGUCAUUCCUCCUUCUCUAGCCUACGGAGAUCAAGGCUAUGAUAAAAUUCCACCUAAUGCGACUCUGAUCUUUGAAAUUGAGCUGUAUGCCGUCAGCCAAGGGCCGCGUAGCCUUGAGGCAUUCCAACAAAUUGAUUUGAACAAUGAUAAGCAACUUUCCAAAGAGGAGAUAAGUCAUUACUUAACAGAAGAAUUUAAGAAAGAUGGAAAACAGCGAGCCCCUACCGAACAUGGCCGGAUCUUAACUGACAUAUUUAAGAAAAAUGAUCACGACAAUGAUGGCGUCAUCUCAUCAAGGGAAUACAAUGUUUUUAGGCAUGAUGAAUUAUAGUAUUGUUUUUUACUGCGGAUAAUUGGUUAUGAAUUAAUUGCCACAAAUUUUGUGUUCAUGCAGGUCUCUUGGAGUGUAAAAAAAUAUUUUAAAUUUAUUAGCUCAUCAUCCUCAGUUAAGGACUUAUUCACGUUUGUGGCUCAUUUUCUACGUUUUUCAUGAAUGAGCCCAGGUGUGCUUCUGAAAUGUGCAUUGUACAGUAUGUAUUGCCAUGUCUAGUAUAGGUGAUGUGUAUAUUGGCAGCCAUGACAAGUUAGUAAAUUGGUGCAACAUGUAAAAAAAUUGUGUGAAUGAGAUUAUCUGUGAUGCCCACUGUAAUUUCCAGUUAAAAACUCCUGGGUAUGGAGAAGCAUUUGGCUCAUUCCUUCUGACAGAUCCAGAUCAAUCACCAAGCAUCAUCACUGUUGGAUUUAAAAAGUCUAUCGCCCAGUGUAAGCUAUGACUUGAACAACUCCUAUCUUACACAGGGAGCAGGGUGCCGCCUUCUGCUUCUGGAAGCCAAAUACAGCGGCAAAGGAAAGGGAAGUAUGUGCUACUGGGGAGGGAGAUUAAAGUAAACCUGCCUUGCAUGAACAAAGCAAAGGUACACUUUAAAGUCCAGGUUUUCAU